AUGAGCUUCGACAACUUCUACGAGCUCAUGCAGGACGCGAAGCGCGGCGAGUUCUACUGGGGCGUCCCGCUCCUCCAGGACAUGGACACGCUCGAGUUUUUGCUGGCGGCGGUAAACGUGCGCAUCUGGGACGGCACCGUGCUGGAGCAGCACGCGAAGGACGCGGCGGUGACCGUGGUCAAGCGCCACAGCGUGAAGAGCUACAACGCCGCCGUCAUCCCCAGCAUCCACUUCCGCGCCGGCAGCGAGGAGCAAUGCGACCGCGCAUUCGUGCCCACGACGGGCUGCCUCGUGCAGGGGACGGGCACCACGCCGCUGCGCGCCGCGAGCGUCGCCGAGUGGCGCGACGCGUGCGCCAAAACUGGCGUCGUGUCCUUCUACGACUUUGGGUGCCGCCUGGCGCCGCCCGCGCCGCCCGCGGCGCCGUCGUCGAAGACGGCCUACGCGGCCCGGGAGGUCGCCAAGUACGUCGCCGCCACGGGCGCCCAGUUCGGGCUGCUCCUCGGCGCCGCGUCCGCCGUCGACGCGCUGCCGUUCGCGCUGCCGGCGCCCGUCGUCUGGGCGACGUUCUGCUUCCUGUCGCUGCGGAGCCGCGUCUUCUCGCUGCUGGACAACUCGCGGCCGAACCGCGAGGGCAUGGCGGGCAAGGCGACGCCCGUGGAGGUGAAGCGGCCCGCGUGGACGCCGCCGGGCAUCGCGUUCCCGUUCAUCUGGCUGACGAUCACGGCGCUCCGCGCGACGGCGGCGACGAUGGUCUACGCCGGGGCCCUCCGGUCGGCGCCGCUCGAGGCCCUCAUGCUCCACCUCUGCAUCGGCGACACGUGGAACACGGUCACGAACGUCGAGAAGCGCCUCGGCGUGUCCGCGAUCGGGUGCCUCGCCGUCUGGGGCAGCGUGCUCCGGGCCGUCCAGCUCUUCCGCGAGUCGGCGGCGCCCGCGGCCGGCCUCGUCCUCGCGCCGUCGCUCGCGUGGAUCUCCGUGGCGUGCGUCCUCACCGCGAACAUCUGGCUCCUCAACGGCCGGAAGCCGCUCUACCCGGCGGCGUCCGACGGCGACUCGGCGAAGACGAAGUUCGCCUACCUCCUCCAGCUCGAGGCGACGACCAUCCGCGGCGGCAAGUGA